AGCAAUGAGGCAAGGAUUCUGGUCAUUUUGCUUGUUUGGCACUUUUCUGUAAUCACGAAGGCAGCGCCCCCGCUGAGAGUGGCGCCGAAAUUCAGAAAAACGAAAACACGAUGUUGGUAGUUUCUUCGCUUCGACUGAGUGAACACACGUGUCAUUGUGAAGUGUGCAGUAUUGGUCGGCGGUGAAUGCCGCUAGUGGGUGCUUGUUUCUUUUGUGUGUGGACAAAGAUAGCAUGAAGACACCGGCGAGCCUGUUCAAGUGAUUUCGGUGUUCAAAAUCAGACUCACGAGUCACAACUUCAGAGCUGAAGCUGCAAUUUGGGCCAGAUACGUGAAACAUGAACGUCGGACAUUUAGGGACCCCAUGCCGAAGGACAAUCGCUCGAAGAUUUUGUAGCACGCCAAUCAGGACAUCUGACACCGCGGACAGUGAAGUGGCUGAUGGAGACGUUUCCUCUUUUCUUUCCACCUUAGACAGUUUUGUGGAACAGUGCGACAGUUUCCUUCCUGCAUGCCCGCAAGUCACAUCUGAAAACGAUGCUGCUGGAGUACGUGUAGAAGAUGGGGAAUAUGCUUCUGGCAACGCAAGCUGCUCUCACACAAGCAGCCUUCCCCUGUGUGCACCUGUACCCCCUCUACUGGUAUGUACAUCAAGUGACGAUGAGAUAUACAUUCCUGAAGCUUUGGACAUGCGUGAGAAACUAAACACUAUUAGGCGAGGACUCGAACAGCACAAACCUGAAGGUCUAAAUGCUCAUUCGAGCUCCAUCGUGCCGACCGAUUUUAGCUCAGAACCACAUUUGCCCAUUGUGACGGCCCCAGAGACAAAAACCAGAGCCCCAUUCACUAGUGAAGAUCCCGCCGAAAACAUGGACAACGAAAAUCCAGAUUGGGAAGCCGUUCGUCGCCUGACGACGGAUGAGGAACGAUACCAGGCAGUCCAAGCAGUCUGGCACAACGUUGAGAUUCCAGACCCCCACAAAGAGCUGUCAACGUUCCACUAUCGACAACGUACAUUGCGCCUGAAACGUGCAAAAAAGAAGAACACGCCUUCCAAGUCUAAACGCCGAAAGCGCAAGGCAUCACACAGCUCCCACAACGACCAUUGUAGUAAACCAGCCAAGCGCCAGCGUUUGGACACAGACAUUAUUGACCUAAAGUUAAAGGAACUGAAACGAAAAAGGGAGAGGGAUGUUACAAAAGUGCAAGAAACAUUCAACGAUGAUAUCAGGCAGCUCCACACGAGUUUGAGGACCCAGCAGGAGACGUACGCCUCACACGACCACGACGGGCGGUCUGACAGGCACCAUAGGAGAGCGCACACAGAGCCAUGGGACCUCCGCUACUUUUUGUCGCAAGAGCAGAGGAUCUGUGAAGAGUUCAAAGCCAACGCACAGAACAUAGAGAGUGAGUACAUGACCAGGGAGCACAAACUUCUCAGCGCCAGAGAAGAAGUUCGGCGCGUCGACGAUUUCUACGCUGGUCUGAGGGAUAAAGACCCGCGACUGCUCUCCGAAAAACAAGUCAAGGAACACUUCAAGCUUGAAGAAAUGCUGGGUCAUUUCAAAAUGGUUUACAGGGUACCGAAUGAAUGACUGCUGAUGCUGGCGUGCCAGUGUGCUCUUAGAAUGUUGAUAGAAAUGUGCAAUGUGAAAUGGUGCAAUAUACCUAAUUUGGUUCCUGAUUGUGCAAUGACAUCUGAAGCAGUGCUAGUAGCCAGAGGCUUAGCAUUUUUUUAUUUUUCUUAUCGAAGUCAUUUUUUUUUUCUUUUCGUUCAGUUUGUUAAAUAAAGCAUCGAAUCAUCACA